AAGCUGGGGAGCCCGGAGCUGGCCAAGAAUUGCGAGGACCUGCAGCGGAGGCACCGCGAGAAGGGGGCCCUCGGGGUCUCCCGGUCGGCCACGCCCGAGCCCGACGCGCAGGCGCCGCCGCCCUUCCCCGCGCCUGGGGCCCUGGAGCGCGGCUCGAGCAUCGGGAGCACCGGGGCCGCCAGCGCGCUCAGCGGCCGGGAGGACAUCUCCGGGGCCUCCGACCUCAGGGCCUGCGCCCAGUCCUCCGACUCCCGCGCGAGCGACGCGCCCCCGGCCCCCGGGGACGACGCCCGGCCGGUGCGGGUCCUCUCGCGGAACGUCCACGAGAGCUCGGGGCAGGAGGCCAGAGUUGGCCCCAUGACCAAGCCGAGGGGCGAGAGGUCGUUCACCGACCGCGCCCCGCUGGCCCCCCCGGCCCCCGCGGGCGAGAAGGCGUGCGCCGCGGACGGCGACACCGCCAGGAGAGCGCCAGAGUCGGGAGGUGUUCGGCGCGUCCUCAGCGAGAUCAAGCGGAACAUCGUGGAGUCGUCGCGCAUCAUUGCGGACAAGACUUUUCAGCAGAUGUACGAGCUCGUGCCCGGCGACAGGGGCAUCCUCGGCGAGGGCAUCAACGGCCCCGUGCGCAUGGCCUUGCAGAGGCAGACGGGUAAGGAGGUGGCCGUCAAGCGGAUAUCGUGUCAUAACCUCUCGGAGCAGAGAAGACAGAUGCUCGUCUCGGAGGUUCGAAUAUUCCUGCAAGUCUCACACAAAAACAUAGUCCAGUUGUUGGAGGUCUACGAGUCAGAAGUGGACCAGGCAGUGUUACUUGUUAUGGAGCUCUGCACAGGCAAGGAGCUCUUUGAGCGAUUAUCUGAGAGAAAGUGGUAUUCUGAGUUCGAUGCUGCGCGAGUUGCUCGGCAGAUGCUGGACGCCGUGUCGUAUCUGCACACGCAGAACAUUUGCCACAGGGAUUUGAAAUUAGAAAAUUGGCUUUACGAAAGCACCGCGUCGGAGGCAAAGCUAAAGUUAUGUGAUUUCGGCUUCGGACAGAUUGUUGAGCCGUCGGUACAGCUCACCGCCACCUUGGGCUCGUUGUACUACGUGGCCCCAGAGGUCCUGGAGGGCUCGUAUGGGCUGCCCUGCGACAUGUGGUCGGUUGGCGUUAUUGUGUACAUGCUUCUUAGCGGUGUCCCACCCUUCGAUGGGAAAACCGACACCGAUGUCAUGCAGAAGAUCAGGUCUGGCCGCUUCCAGUCCACCGGCAAGCGCUGGGAGGGCAUCAGCGAGACGGCCAAGCACUUCGUGAAGUCCCUGCUCCGCAAGGACCCGUACGAGCGCCUGACGGCCGCCGAGGCCGCGCAGCACGCCUGGUUGAAGAUGGAGACCCAGCCGAAGCUGCUGAGCUGGCCCAAGGGCGGGCCCGACUCAGAGCUCGAGCUGCCGAUCGAUCGCGGGGUGAUUCGCGACAUGUCGAAGUUCGCCCAGAUCAACGCGAUCACCCGCGCGGCGCUGGCGUCGUUCGGCGGCCGCGAGGAGGACGUGGCCCUCCUGCAGCAGCGCUUCCGUAGCCACGACGAGAGCAACUCUGGGAAGAUUGACGCAGACCUCUUCAUCCAGGUGAUCAAGGACUUUCUGCCGUCGGGCUCCGCGGAGGAGAAGUCUUUCUUCGACCGCAUCGCGGGCAACCUGCCUGGCAGCGGUCACGAGGAGGGUGCCGACGGGAAGGGGCGGCGUCGGCGCGUGAAUUAUACCGAGUUCAUCAGCUUGACGAAGGCGCGCCGCAUGGCCAACAACACAGCGGCCAUCCGGGAAGCCUUCCGAAAAAUCGAUACUGUCGGGGACGGCUACAUCAAGGAGGACGACAUGCACGUGCUGUUGGGCGACGAGUUCAAGGCAACGAUCACCAACUACGUCGACACAAACGGAAAAGAGUUCAUUGAUCCAGUCGC